AUGCAUGACUUCCUACGUAAUGACAAGGGGAAGGCAGACAUUAUUGCAGUACAGGAGCCUUACAUUGACUGGAAGGGUGCAACGAGAGCUCUUUCACACUUACACACCAUCUACCCCACAGGCCACUUAGAUAAUUUCACGGAAACGCCGACACGGUCUCUCAUUUUCAUCAACUCUAGUAUCCCAACAGAGGACUGGGCAAGACUGGACAUCGAAAGUGGAGACGUAACAGCAGUACAGAUCACUGGCUCUUUUGGUACGCUGCGUAUUUUCAACAUAUAC